AACAAAACGUACUUCCUACAGAAAAUAAUAAAAAAUUAAGUAAAAACAAAGUUGUUUUGGGUAAAUCGUGGGCAUAAUGAGCGCUCCCACCGCCCCAACGGGCAUACAGUGCACCGCGGGUGCGGUGCCCAUACGAAAUGAAAAAGGCGAGAUUUCCAUGCAAAAGGUUAAGGUGCAGCGUUAUAUUUCUGGCAAGCGACCUGAUUAUGCCCGCGCCGACUCCAGCUCGGACGAGAGUGACGAUGAUGAUUUCGUGGACAACCGGAAGCGCAUGGAGCGAAACAAAGCGGAGCGACACAAACUCGAGCUGUCUCGACGAGAAAGUGGGGACGAGAAAACGGCAGAGCAAGAGGAUGAAGCUGAGGUGGACGAUCCACGCCUGCGACGGCUGCGUGCACGCCCUGUGGACAUGGAAGAUUUGGAGCGCGAACGUCGUGAACGCCACAGGCAUAUCCAUGAACCCGAAAUGGUAGAAAGCGCUAGCGAGGAAGAACCUCUCACAGACGAAAACAGUGAACAACAGCGGCGCAUUGAACGCGGCACCAAUAAAAUUACUCUAGCUUCGGAAUCCGACACGGACUCUGAGCUAAGUGACACAGAAUUGGAAAAGCGUCGUUUAAAGUUGCGGUCGCGCAUGUUGCAGCAGCAACGUGAAGAAGAGGUGCUGCAAAAAGAAGACGAGAAACAGUCGGAAUCAUCCGAGUCAGAGAGCUCCGAAUACGAAGAGGAAACAGAGAGCGAGGAGGAGAACGAGCCGCGUCUUAAGCCGCUGUUUGUCCGCAAGCGGGAUCGUGCCACCAUACAGGAGAAAGAACGCGAAGCCCAGAAACAAAAGCAAUUGGAAGCCGAGGCCAAACGAGCGGCCAAAGAGCGAAGGCGUGCCACAUUACGCUUGGUCGAGGAGAGCGUAAAAAAGGACUUGGAGAAGAUCAAACCGGAGACAAACGAAGCGUCUCUAGAUGAUGUGUGCACAGCCGAUGAGAACGACGAGGUGGAGUACGAGGCCUGGAAAUUACGUGAGCUUAAACGCAUGAAGCGAGAUCGCGAGGAGCGCGACAACGCCGAACGUGAAAAACUCGAAAUCGAACGCAUGCGCAAUCUCACCGAAGAGGAGAGACGCCAGGAGCUGCGCUCGAAUCCCAAACUCGUCACCAAUAAGGCCACCAAAGGCAAAUAUAAAUUCCUGCAGAAAUACUAUCAUCGUGGUGCCUUCUACCUGGACGAAGAGAACGAUGUGCUCAAACGAGACUUCGCACAGGCCACGCUCGAGGAUCACUUUGACAAGACUAUUCUGCCCAAGGUGAUGCAGGUGAAAAACUUCGGUCGCUGCGGCCGCACCAAGUAUACGCAUUUAGUUGAUCAGGAUACCACAAAGUUCGAUUCGCCAUGGUAUGCCGAGACCUCCAACAAUAUGAAGUUUCACAAUGAACGCGCCGGCGGCAUGCGGCAGCAAUUUGACAAGCCAACGGGUUCCAAGCGCAAGAAGUUAGAAUAGUUAACAUAACAAUUGUAAAGUUGAAAAGUAAAUACAAAUU